GGACCCCUCUGGCAACGCCCAAUCUUCCGCGCGGCGACCACCCCGACGCGCCGCGCUCGGACGAGUUCUGCUACCUCGAUUGCACCUCCGGCGACUCGGGCGACGCCCUCGCAGACUUCUUGACACGCCUGGAUCGCCUGGUGCUGGCGCUGGCGCGGCAGGUGGGCGCCCUGUCUGCACAGAAGCUCGUCCGAGGCAGCCCCAUGGCGACGGUCUACGCCACAGUCGGAUCCAGAUACUGCCCGCACUUCGACGCUCAGGGCAACAACGGCCGCAAGCUGACGUGCAUCAUCUACCUGAACCCGUCCUGGCAGGAGGCGCACGGCGCGCGGCUGCGGCUGUGGCCGCAGGCCCACGGACUGCUCCCCGAAGGAGAGUGCGUCUGCGUCGACCCUCUGCACGGCCGCCUGCUGGUUUUCCUUGCGGACGGCCAGAACCUGCACGAGGUUCGGCCACUGGAAGGCGCGGAGCCGAGGCUGGCCCUGAGCUGCUGGUACUACCACGAGG